CUUCCCUGUACGGGGCGGAAGUUUCCCGCCCCACCCGUAAGAGUUAAGGUUUGACCAGCGCAACUGAGCAUCUUGUAGCCCGGUUCCAGUUUUCCUUGGCUCCUCCUCCUGUCACUGCGAGUCUGAUUCCUGGGACUCAGAUGGACCACACAUCCCCAACCUACAUGCUUGCUAACUUAACCCACUUACAUUCAGAACAACUUCUGCAGGGCUUGAAUCUCCUUCGUCAGCAUCACGAACUCUGUGACAUCGUUCUUCGAGUAGGUGAUGUUAAAAUUCAUGCUCACAAAGUGGUACUUGCCAGCAUCAGCCCAUACUUUAAAGCUAUGUUCACUGGCAACCUUUCUGAGAAAGAGAACAGUGAGGUUGAGUUUCAGUGCAUUGAUGAAGCUGCACUGCAGGCCAUUGUGGAGUAUGCCUAUACGGGGACCGUUUUCAUUUCUCAGGAUACAGUUGAAUCUCUCCUGCCAGCAGCAAACCUACUCCAGAUAAAACUUGUCCUGAAAGAAUGUUGUGCAUUUCUUGAAAGCCAGCUUGACCCUGGUAACUGUAUUGGAAUUUCCCGUUUUGCAGAGACGUAUGGUUGUCAUGACCUUUAUUUGGCAGCUACUAAAUACAUAUGCCAGAAUUUUGAAUCUGUUUGCCAGACAGAAGAGUUUUUUGAGCUUACGCACGCUGAUUUGGAUGAAAUUGUCUCCAAUGACUGCUUGAAUGUAGCUACUGAAGAGACAGUUUUUUAUGCCUUAGAGUCCUGGAUCAAGUAUGAUGUACAAGAACGCCAGAAAUACUUAGCACAGCUGCUGAAUAGUGUGCGAUUACCAUUGCUGAGUGUUAAGUUCCUUACUAGGCUGUAUGAAGCAAAUCAUCUUAUCCGUGAUGAUCGUACUUGUAAACAUCUCUUGAAUGAAGCGCUAAAGUACCACUUCAUGCCUGAACAUAGACUCUCUCAUCAGACAGUCUUGAUGACGCGACCUCGCUGUGCUCCUAAAGUAUUGUGUGCAGUAGGAGGAAAAUCUGGACUCUUUGCCUGUUUGGAUAGUGUGGAGAUGUACUUUCCUCAGAAUGACUCUUGGAUUGGUCUGGCGCCCCUAAAUAUUCCUCGUUAUGAAUUUGGAAUCUGUGUUUUAGACCAAAAAGUCUAUGUUAUAGGUGGUAUUGAAACUAGCGUACGCCCUGGUGUCACUGUCAGAAAACAUGAAAAUUCAGUGGAAUGCUGGAAUCCUGAUACAAAUACAUGGACUUCUCUAGAGAGAAUGAACGAGAGCCGAAGUACUCUUGGAGUGGUAGUGCUUGCGGGAGAACUUUAUGCUUUAGGUGGAUAUGAUGGACAAUCUUACUUGCAAUCUGUAGAGAAAUAUAUCCCCAAAAUCAGACAGUGGCAACCUGUGGCCCCAAUGACCACCACAAGAAGUUGUUUUGCUGCAGCUGUUCUGGAUGGAAUGAUUUAUGCCAUUGGAGGGUAUGGCCCUGCUCACAUGAACAGUGUGGAGCGUUAUGAUCCAAGUAAGGAUUCCUGGGAGAUGGUUGCAUCCAUGGCUGAUAAAAGGAUUCACUUUGGUGUCGGAGUUAUGCUAGGUUUUAUUUUUGUAGUAGGUGGGCAUAAUGGUGUCUCACAUUUGUCAAGCAUUGAAAGAUAUGACCCUCAUCAAAACCAGUGGACAGUGUGUAGACCAAUGAAAGAGCCCAGGACAGGAGUUGGUGCUGCAGUAGUUGAUAACUACCUUUAUGUAGUCGGUGGUCACUCAGGGUCUUCCUAUUUGAACACAGUACAGAAAUAUGACCCUAUCACAGAUACAUGGCUGGACUCAGCUGGCAUGAUAUACUGUCGCUGCAAUUUUGGAUUGACUGCACUUUGAGAAGUGUGAACGUGUGGAAAUCACACAUGGUGGGCCACAGGAAGGAAUGCCCAGUGUCCUGAACCAGAAAGCUGCACUGCUUUGUUAACUUGAAGUGGCAUGAAGACUCAAAGUCUCGUUGGGUACUCUAAACUGACAAACAGUUAGAAUUGCUCUUGAUUAUACAGUGAAUCAAUAAUAGGGGAAAAAAAGGAAAGAACUAACCAAUUAAAUUGUGCACUUUUCUCCUGUAAGACUGGGAUAGACUAGUUUUUAUAUUCCUAAAUGUAGAGAAAACCUUGCUGCUUUUAAAUUUUGUUUUCAAUAAUUUAAGCUUUUCUUUCUUGAUCUGUAUCAUGGUUUAGUAGGAUGAGAGAAGCUUCCAAUCUAGAGUGCAUCGAAUGACUGGACAGAAUGUGGAUAGGGAUUGCUGGUUGCAAAUUCAUAUGCUUCAUGUUUUUUUUUUUUUUUUAAAGGGCUGCUUUUACUUUGGGUAGUUCAAGGAUUGUAAAUAACAUGUCAGUCACCUGAGGGCUCUUUCUGCUAAAUGAUUUUAGGGCUACUAGUGUGAUGAGGUUGCAAAACAAUGGCUUUUAUUAUCCUAUUUGGGGCUCUGUUUUAAGACAUGACAUUUGUUUAUGCUUUUUCUACAUGGGCUGGAUGACCUCAUCUGUGCUUUGGUAAGCAUGGAUAGAAAACUAAUUGUGUCAGUUUCAGAUUUUCUUUAGUGUUACACAGCAGGCUUCUGAUGGUUAAUGUAAAUAUAUUUGAAAGGUGUUUGGUACCACCCUUGAUGCAUAUUGUUGUUUUCAUAUAUUCUUAAGUUUAUUUUUUUAAGGUCUUAAUUUUGUUUUCAGUGUUCAAAUAUUAAAAUGGUGCUAACUGUAGGAUGUAUAACAAAGCUAUAACCAAUGUUAUUUGGGUGUUCAAUGUGAGAUGCAUGAUGUACUAUGAUAAUCUUUCAUUUUUACUGGCUUGAUUUCAUUUGUGCUUAUGGAAAAUGUUAGUGAUUACAUUAAUAUUAACAUCCAGAAUCAUCCAAAAAGCUUGAGUUAUACUUCCCAUGGUUUUUGAAUGGUGACUUAAAGAGUGAUGCUUUUUUUAUUGUUAUUAUUUUCUUCUUGUUCUAGAAAUUACAUGUCCUUCAGCACAGAAACACAUGCACCAAACACAACAUGCUAGGCAGGUGUGCGUUACUUUGUUCAUUUUUUAGGUAACUGAGUAUUUUAACUUAUGGAAGAAAACUGGAUCUCGAUGUUUACUUGAAUAAAUGGUUCUAAAUUUGGUUCUGCUUUGAUUAAAGAAACUAUCUUUCAAAACAAUACUGUUUGUUACAGCCACUGACAGCUUAUUUUUAAAAAAUAGUUAACUUAUUUUAACAUGGUUUAAUAAAUAUCUGUUAGUCUUAAACAUAUUAACUUCCAUUUUAUUACUAUGUUGGUACUUGCAUUUUCAUAUUUAGUAAUUUUUUCAUUUCUUUUAUUUCUUUUUUAUUUUUUUACCUACCUACUCUUUCUUCCUCUUUAUAACUUCUGUAAGACCAGUGAAUAUUUUUCCCUAAGAAAAGAACUCAUCCUGCAUUCUUAAGUGCCAUACUACUCUAUCAUUAAGAAGCCAUUUGUAAUUUUAAAGCCUAGCUUCACCUGUUCGCAUAUAUGUUAUUGCUCAAAAACGAUAGCUGAGCAAUUUGUAGUUUUCCUUGUUCUUCCAUAAACUACCCAUUGUAGAUUUGAGGAUAUACUAUGAAACUGUGUAAAAUCAACUUUAGUCAUAAAGUAACACCAUGCUCUACAAAUAUUUGCACAGAUUAUAAAACCUUGCAGGUAAUUUUUAGUGUCUUUUAACCUAGAACUCAACAGGAGCUAUUAAAAGCAACUACGUAUUUUCUGUGUCGCUUAUUUGAAUAUCAUAGUGACAUGUAGCAAUAACUUUUUCAUUGAUUUGAAUAAAUUUGUUGAAUAGUAAUAAGGUGCACUAUUGUGUUUGGCCUAAACCUUAUUUAAAGAAAAGCAUUUUAAAGUAGAUUCCUGCACAUACUCACUUUUAAGACCCCAGCUUAGCUGUUUUUGUUUAUAUCCAUCAAAUUGUUAAAUGUAUUCUGUUAUGCUGCUUUUAAUCUCUUCCUCACAGAAGUGAAGUGGAUUUGAAAGACUAGAAAGUUAUUUUAAUAUAAACACAUCUUUUCUUUUUUUUUUUCACCUAAAU